GCCAAUCGGAUAUGGUCUAACACAGGAACUCGGUACUACAGAAGGAGCAGCAGCGUUUUGUCAGCUGCGUCAACUACAUAAGAUAACAGCUUAAUUCGGGCUGUUAAUAAGCAGCGGCAAACUUUAACAUGGCUGAAGCGAGGACUUUAUUUUUAUGGCACAAAGUUGACAAACUCUAACAACAGGACUCAAAACGCGUUUCCCGUAGCCGUCUAUGACGAGCCCCAUGAAAGCAAGACCCUUAUUGUCCUAGCUUGCUGGCUAACGUUAGUUAGCUAUUUGUUUGUUGAGUUGCCGACAUGGCUUCUAGAGAGACAUGUCAGCGGCAAACUUACCGGCGGCCGGCUGCCAGCAUAAAGCAGGAGCAAGAUGACGACUCGGAUGUGGAGGAGACUCACAUGGGGUUACGGAGAGCGGACGGGCUGGAGUCCCAGAUCAUCCACAGUGGACACUUCAUGGUGUCGUCGCCGCAUAUCGAGCACCCCCCGAAGAAGGGUUACGACUUCGACACUGUCAACAAACAGACCUGUCAGACCUAUCAUUUUGGCAAGACGAGCACGUCGCACCUCUCCAUAGAUGCCUCUUUGACUAAGCUUUUUGAGUGCAUGACCCUUGCAUAUAGCGGUAAGUUGGUGUCUCCUAAAUGGAAGAACUUUAAAGGUCUAAAGCUGCUGUGGAGAGACAAGAUCCGGCUGAACAACGCCAUAUGGAGAGCCUGGUACAUGCAGUAUGUGGAAAAAAGGGGGAAUCCCGUUUGUCACUUUGUAACCCCACUAGAUGGAAAUAUAGAUUUGGACGUCCAUCGCCCUGCAGAGGCUAUUGCUUCAGACGGGAAAAACUGGAAAAGAAGAAUUGAAAUUGUGAUAAGAGAAUAUCACAAAUGGAGAACAUACUUCAAAAAAAGGCUACAGAAACACAAAGAUGAUGACCUUUCCAGCUUACUUAAGGUGCCAGAGGAGCAGUUAUCGCUGUUUGGGGAAGUCUUUCCAGACAUGCUCCGUACUUCCUUUUAUCAGGAUGAAGAGGCUGCCGUGCGUCGAAUGAGUCGCAGGCAUAUGGAAACGCCUGCGCCCAUGGAGAUGGACACCCUCUUUGACAUGGACAUUCUGAUGUCCGAGUUCUCAGACACGUUGUUUUCCACACUGACCUCACACCAGCCUUUGGGCUUGCCCAAUCCAAGGGAAAUUGCUCAUGCAGGGAAUGCAGACAUGAUCCAACCUGGACUUAUCCCCUUACAGCCCAACCUGGACUUCAUGGACUCCUUCGAUCCACUGCAAGGUUGCGACUUAUUUCACAGCCUCCGUCAGCCUGUCCUUCCCUCUGUUUCCCCCACUGCAACAUCUGUCACCCCUCAACCCAGCAGCAGCUCCCAAUCUCAGGCCCCUUUAAUGUCGUCUUUGCAGCUUUCACCCAACCAGAUUACGCCUGCAUGCUCGCUGUCCAUCCACAGCCAGACCAGUCGGACAGAUGGCGGCAGCAGCGGAGGAGCCUACGUACAGACCUACAUGCCUCUGUUCGCUGGGCAGGUGGUCUCCAGCAGUCAGUCUGCAGCUUCCCUCAACCCUCUGGUACCCUGCCUCCCGGGUCAGAACUUACCCUCCGCACCAGCCAUGAUUUCCUCACCUUUAAACAGCGGCUCAGUGCUGGAUGAAACUGUAGCCCCCUCUGUCAUAACGCACACAGCUCCCUCCCCCGUCACCCCGAGCAACACAGCCAGUACCGUCAGCCACGUCUCGGCUCCUCCAUCCCAACUCCAGCUCCUCGCGCCGCUGCCUGCCACGCCCAUCCAGCAUCCUCAGGCCUUCGCUCUGCCUCGCCCCUUCCAGUCCAACAGCUCCGGCAAAGUCCGUCCUGUGCCGAGGAUCGCACCGGCAAACGCACUCCCUUCUUCCCAGUUCAUCCUCCCAGCCCCUUUUCCAGGUCAUGCUAAUGCUGUGAUUGUUACAUCUCCGCCCUCCACCGGUGUGGUUAUCCCCUCUUCCCACCUUGGAGCGAGCCCUGGGUUUCAGGUUCUGCCUCAUAACCAGAAGUCGCAGCAACCUGCCGUCCCUGAAGACAAGUCUUGCUUCAGAAAGAACCAGAAAGAGCCGUCAAGUGUCGGUCAUAGUCAGACCGGAUCCAGUCAAGGGUCACCUUGUGGUUUAGAUCAGGUUCCCAGUCCUCAAUCUAUAAUCGGCGGCAGCAGCAAACCUCUGGUAAAGAGUGAGCACAAUCAGAGCCGUCACAUAUCUGCUGAACAAAAGAGACGAUCAAAUAUCAACAUUGGCUUUAAGACACUCGGUGACCUUGUUCCCACUCUGAAGUCACAAUCGAACAUUACAAAUGCAGUCACUCUACAGAAGACAGUGGAGCACAUUGGGAAGCUCCAGCAGGAGCGGCAGCAGCUGCAGGACGAGGUCAAGAGGCUACGAGAGGAAUUAGAGGAGCUCAAUGCUUCCAUUAGCUUGUGUCAGGAGCAGCUUCCUGCGACGGGCGUGCCGAUGAGGAAGAACCGCUCUGACCUCAUGCAGGACAAGUUCAAUGAAUAUGUGAAGAACCGCACUCUGCUGAACUGGAAGUUCUGGAUUUUCAGCAUCAUCAUCAAACCACUGUUUGAGUCGUUCAGUGGGAUGGUUUCAACGACGAGCAGAGAAGAGCUCUGUCACACCACGCUGCAGUGGCUGGACAAUCACUGCUCCCUUCCUGUCCUCAGACCCAUGGUGCUGAGUACACUCCGUCAGCUGUGCACUACAACGUCCAUCCUGAGCGAUCCCUCCCUGCUUCCUGCUGAAGCCCUUGAAGCUGCCGCUAGCAAAGAUGAGUAGCCGACCUCUCAGGAGUGGACGCGACCCAAAAGCCAUUUGAACAUUUUUCAGCAUCAAAACCGUUUUCCUGCAACAUCCAGGAAGCUCGCCGUGUCUUCCAAAGACUCACAAGUUCCCAGAUGAAUCGGUGAAACAAGAACUGUAACAUGGGACGGGAUUACUGUUACGCCGAAUGCAACGACUUUACAUUUGGUCUGCUGCAUAGUGCAGCAGACUGCCUGAUGCAGUAGAUGCCACCUUCACCUGCAGAGAAUUGUUUAGAUAAUCUCUGCAAUCACUUGCAGAGAUUAUCUAAACACUUUAUUGGAAGCUGGUACUUGUGUUUCCAUUGUACAUCGUAGAAAGUUGUUUUCGAAUGCAAAGACGCAUAUUAAGAAAGGGAAACGCUGAAUGAAUUUGCACCAGGAGGAAACUGUGAUUUUUUUUUUUUUUCAGAGAAAGCUGGAGUUGUUUAUUUUGCAGCCAAUCAUCAGUUUAUGUUGGGCUGCAGAGAUUUGAGUUUUCCAUCGCUCAUUGACUCAGGUGAAUAUCACGCUGCCAGUGAUGUCUUGUGCUCGUUUGACAGUAGGCAUGGGCCGGUAUCAUAAUCUGUAAAAAAUAUUAUGGUUUCAUCUUACCACCAAACACAAACUCGCCAUCUUUACUCACAAUGUGCAAAACAGGACAGCAUCAGGUCUCCAUACUGCUGCUAUAUCAAUGCAUUAACUACAGCAGUUAUAGUAAUAUAAUAUUUUCACUGAUUGCUGAUUUGGAGUUAAGAAAUUUAGAAUGAACACCAAUUUUGAUCAUAGUUUUCCAUACAUAUAUUCUACGUUUAUUUUAUGUACCUUCAUAGUUACACAAUUUAUAUCUUUUUGUGAGCAGAAAUGCCUCCAAAGAGCUAAAUGAGGGGAAAUUACAGCAAGCCUGUUUUUAUUUUUUGUUUUUUAUAAGCAAUCUGACCUGCAGUGUGCAGCAGCUAAAAUAAGCUAUGUCUUAUUUUCUCCGUCCAUUCUGAGCUUCUUCUUUUUCGGGCACGCGGUGUGUUUCUCCUGGGUUUGAGUUUCAAAACACAGCGGUCAUGGAGCCAUAUUUACAGCCUUCAUAGGGAGCUAAACCGACAGUCCGGCGCGGUACAGAUUAUGUGUACAGAUUAUAUUUACAUGCAGUAUUACUCUGCUGAGUCUUUUCUUGAUGCUGGUGUUCACUCAGGGCUGCUCUUCUGCAGAAGGUUUUUGUCCCUUUUUCUGAACAAAUCAAGAUCUUCAUCCUUUUCUGCAGACAUCUGCAUUAUGGGGUUGAUUACUUUGUUUUAAGCUUUUUACCUUUAUUUAUAACAGAUCAACAAAAGCCAUAUCAAGGAGGAGAGAAAGUCAUCCGUAAGGUGCAUCAAAGAGAUUUGUCUGAUUCACAGAUUGAGAGUAAAACUCCAGACAGACGUAUCUGACCUCCAUCAGCCUUAAGGUCAAAGUGUCCUUACCUGUGGUCCCUGCAGCCUCACGUGUCUUUGCUUUUAUUUGUUCCUCUUCGCUCCUCAUGCAGAUCUUGUGUUGUUUUGGGGGAUUUAUUUCUGCAGAACAUUGUCGUUUACAGAAGCAAAAAAAAAAGCACCAUCUGUGUUUGUUUGAAUGUUCAUGUUGAUAGUGUAAAGUCUUUAAGUGGAGAUUAUGAAUCUUAUUAGAGAUUCAGCUUUUCGACAGGGUGAUUAACCUGUGAAAAUGUAAAGAGAAAAAAAAACAUUGGACGCAGUGAUAGAGACUGCAACUAUGCAUCAUGUGUAAUGUACAGAUCAAAUAUGAGAGGAGUUGGAUUACACAAGUGGCAACAAGGGGAGCCUGUCAAGUCUUUCCUGACUGAUCAGCUCACUGAUCAAACCCCACAUUUUAUUAUUUAUUGUCAUGAGAACAUUACAAUCAGCGGAUUUUAAGCAAAGAACCUUUAAGAAAUACUUUUAAAGAUGCUGUUUGCAGUGGUUCGACCAGAGACUUGGUGAGAUGCUGUGCCUUUAAGCUCAUUUGCAAUUGUACAUUAAAAACUGUGCACAUGGGAACUUUAAGCGAUUACUUGUGAACUAAAAUUGUUUACUGCCUCUUCAGAUUAUUCAUCGCUCAUCUGAAUGCAGUAGCUGCCAGUUGUAAUCUCCUGUUUGCAACAAGUUUCUCCUUCAAACUCUGCUGCGUGUGUGUGUGUGUGUGUGUGUGUGUGUGUGUGUGUGUGUGUGUGUGUGUGUGAUCUUCAGUUGUUUUAACCUUAUUCUGACAGAAAGGCAAGUUUCCAGGUUCAUUCAGGUUCAUUUGUCCUUUUCUUGUACAGUAUGUCGCUGCAGAAGGGAUGUGCAUAUUGGUUCCUCCCGUUUGUGAUAUUUUGUCUGUUUGUGAUAUUUUGUUCAUAUGAGAAAUAUGCAUCAUAUGAGAAAUGUUCAAGUUCACCAGGGUUGACACGCGCAACUCGUUGUAAAAUCCCUUUGCAUCACAAUAAAUACAAGUAAAAAUCAA